AUUACAAAUAAGCGCGGGGUUCAAAAUCCGUCAGAAUUGGUCAAAUGUGUCUGGACUUAAGUAAUGUAUAUUCGAAGACGGAAUUAUGAACACGGAAGAAUAAAAAGAAACAAUCGCAGAAACAAAUCGAACGAAUCGCUUCAUUUUAUGUAAGUUUUCAAAGUCUUAAAGCUGGUAGACUCGGAUGCAAACAUUAGUUCCAAAUUAUUAAGUACUGGUUAGAAGAGUCCAGAAAGUUGCAUGAUCUGUUCUAGAAACUAAAGGGAUUCAAGUUCGACCAAUUCGAGGGAUCUGGAAGAAAACAUGUAAUCCGUUUUUCUAUUCUGUACCACUAGCUUCAGAGUACUCCUCUGAAGUUGUGUCAGAUCUGAACUUGUUCAAGUUGUAGAUGAUUUUAAUGAGUACCGAUAAUUUAGUGAAUCCCUAAAUCCACUACCUUCUAAGAGACAAAUAUCUGAUGCGUUUGUUCUGGGCUUCGAAUCGUUCGUUAGUCCUUUUUCUAAUUCAAGGGGGGAGGCGAUGUACGUAAUAAAUCAGAUAAAAAACUCUCAUGAUUAAGCCAAUCGAAGUGAAUCCUGGAGUUCUAAUGUUAUUAAUGGCUGGGAAGAGCCUCCGUCAAAGUCGAUAUAUGGUCAGGUGUCAUUAACUAAAAUACUUGUAUUGCUUAUUGUAGAAGCUUGUAGCUGAAAUUCAUUCACUGUCGUAUAGUUUGCCGUGAGUGAGGUACGUUAUUACCCUUUAGAGCUAAAAGCUAAUCAACGGAUAUAUUCGUCUGGCAAUCGUUUACCAGUUCUCAGUGUGUUUAUAGCUUCAGCUGUGUGUUACCUAUAUGGAUUAAGCAAUUUUUACGUCUUGUGGCGUGGACUACUCAAUGAGGUCUCUCAUUUCAUGGACUUUCAAUCAAAACUCAGCAGUCGAACACGUUCAUCAAAGCUCAUUAUGUAAUAGAGAAGAAUGCUUUUUUUGAGUAUAGCCGUUACUCAUGUGAACACCAAUCGCGAGUAACUGUUGUAGGAAUAACUGCUGCUUUAAAGUUGUGAAAAACAGGUUAUUUAGUUUCUGUCUAGAAAUUCCAGUACAUUCUCCUGUAAGAUUUCCAAAUAUACCUCUGAAGAUAAAUAUCGUAUUCCCGCUUCGAAUAAUUAUAAACUUACCAUGCUGUUUGGGUAUUUCUGGCGUGUCCAUCGACUCUAGCACUUGUCUUUGUUGCUGUUCUUAGUUGGGUUGGAUAGCUAACCAUUAUCUUCAUCCUUUAUCAAAGUCGGUCAUAAAGUAUACUUGUUUAACAAGUUAUAAUGAAUGUCAUGUUAAGUACGGAAUGGAAACCAUAAUAUCCGAAAGAGUUAUUAUUUAUGAAACACAAGUUUACUCGAUAAUUAAUACAAAGUUGAUAUGUCAUGAUUCAAAUGUGUGGUGUUUCUGUCUUUCGUUGAUUGAUUAUCGUUAAACAGGUUCCGUGAAUGGUCUUACUAGGUACUAAGACAGUUCCAUGCAUUAUGCAUAUGGUGUCAUGAUGGAAAUCACUUCUGGUAUAUCGCAUUUAAGAUCAAUGCUGCUUGUAAACUGUUUGCUUCAAGAAUACCAACACCUUAACUCCUAAACCGCAGUUCUAAGAACAACUAUGUUGCUUUUGAUAUCGUGAAUUCAGACGUUACUGAAUAUUUUCCAUUUGAAUAUACAAAACAUUUAAUUUAGUGAAAAUGCGUACCUAAUUAGCAGAAGUCUUCGAGUUUGGGUUUUGUUACUCUUAUAGUUUUAAGGAAACCGCUUACUGUUUUUCUGCUCAUGAAUAGAGCGUAUUGUAUUACUGCUGGGCUGAAUAUUUUUUUGUUUCUUUAAAUCAGAAUCCAUAACUUAAAUCGUAGUGCUGUGUAGUAAGAGUACUGUAAUAGUAAACGUGAUUCCCGAAAUUUUAGAUUUGGAACCUAUUUUAAACUUCUGUUGGCUUGGGCAAGCAUAAUAAUGCUGGACUUUUUUACGGAUCUUCGUUUUGAAUUUAUUUGGUCUUGUUGGCUAAUGGUACGAACAGUUAAUGAUUCAUUCAGAUAUCAGGGUCUGAUUUACGUCCUUUUUCGUUCGGUGAACAAACCUUUGGAUAAUAAACAAGUCACCUACAAAUGUGACGGUCUAAUCCAAUCCCUAUAUUUUCAGUAACAUGUGCAGGUUCAUACUAUACUAUGUACAUCCCCGAAAUGGAGCCGUAGUUUUCGAGCAUUUGCUCUGUUCUUUACAUUCACUGCAAUCAUGGCUGAUUUGCUUUGUUACUUCCUUGUACCUACUACAUUGAUCUACCUGCUUGGUAGUUCAUGUGUAUGGAUACAUCUGUUAUGGCAAACAGAUCGUGGUGUGUAUAUCCCAACAGUUGCAUUAUGUUUUUUAUUCUUCUAUGUCGAGGUUGCUGUAAGAUUCCGUGAUCCAAAAAGCCAGCCGCUGGGUAUAGAUCUCUGCAGACCUUUUGCAGCUCAUUGCAUUGGCUAUCCCGUUGUAACUUUGGGUUUCAGUUUAAAGAGUAUGAUCUCACAUCAUUUUCGUUUGAGAAGACAAAAGUUUGUGGAAGCACAAAAUAUAACGUUUUUUUCAAUUCUGGAAGAGGCAUUACCAAAGGAACUUUGGUGCUAUUUAAAAUCAGACACCAUUCCUAAAUCUAAACAUUCGAAUAUGGUUUGUGAAAAUAACUGUUCAACACUGGCUAUUUCUUCUCCCACAUCCACUGUGCCAAAUUUAACUUCAUCUGGAAAUAUAUCUGAAUUAAAUAGGGUUAACCCGAUUCAUUCCAGAGAUAAAGAAAUUCAUCCUGCCUCAAGUGUUAAUAAGAAGAAUAUGUCUCUGAAUCAUCCCCGUACAACACGCCUCGUCUAUUCAUCUACUCGUGGUGAUAAUUGUACGGAUCUUUCUUUAUGUUCAAAUGAUAGCAGUGUUUCACAAGAAUGUACAUUUCGGUUAGGAAAUGAUGAACCAGUGAAUAACCAUACUUCUGUACCAUCAUCACUUUCAGAGCAGCCUGAAUCGUAUGUGGCCGUCUCUCUCGCUCAAACGAUCAUUGUAAAGGUUCCAUCUGUCCCUAACUCUGUUGUUCCGGAUACUGUUUCUGCUGACAAUCAUAUAGAGAGGGACACUGAUAUGAAGGAGGAUAAAUUAGUUCACAAGAAAUCCACGUCACUACUUGCUUCAGUUACAUCUGGUUUAUCAACUUCAACUUGUUCUAAUUCAACUAGUAAUAAUAGUAGAGCCAAAUUGAACUGUACACCAUCAAAUUCAAAAUCUUGUGAAACAAAACAAUCACCUCCAUCAAUCAAUAUUGCUUCAAAUAAAACAACUCUUUCUAAUAAUUCGAAUGUAAGUUCAGCUUCUUCUGGGGCUGCUGCUAGUAGUAGAUCCAAUACAUGCGGUUCAACCUCAUUAUCAACUGGUUGUAAAUCAGGCGGUAAAAAUGCUAACAAGGAUGAGUAUACUUUAAAAUUAGAAGCUGAGGCUAGAAAUUUAAAAUCGGAAAUCCAGUCUUUACGUAGUUCAGAAAUUCAGUUACGUGGUCAAGUUCAGCAGUUACUUGCUGCUGAACGAACAUAUCGCUCUGAAAGUUCUCAAGCUCAGCAAGAAUCUGAAAGUUUGCAAGCCAAGCUCAAUCAAUUGACUCAACGCCUUCAGGCGGAUCGUGCCAGUCUACAGGCAGCUGAGAAACGUCUCACUGAAGAGCGUAAAUAUCGUUUGCUUCUCGAACAGCAGUUCAAACAGCAAUCUGGUAAACAAAUAGAAGCAAGCUCCUCAGAAUCAACAUCUAACGAACCAGUUAUUUCUAAAACCACAGAUUCCAAAGCUUCAAUGACUGAAUCUCGAAGUACUUCAUUAAAUUCCUGUGAUCCCAUAUGCGUUGAAGCAUGCAAAAACAAUGAAUUAUGCGCAAAACGAAGGCAGGAACUAGAAUUAGAAUUGCAAAAUCUUACAAAAGCUUUAACUAUUAAAAAUAACCAACUUACAGCACUGAACUCUGAACGUUUUUCACAUGGUGGACUAAGUGAAUCCAAUGAUAAGACAUGGAAGAAGCAAACUAAAAAUGAACGAACAAAACAAUCUAAUUCUGUGGAACAAAACUACAAUAUGAGCAAACGGCGGCAAAAGCAUGAAAUAACUGAGACUGAAUUAAGUGAUCUUGCCUCUCGUGUAAACUCUUUGCAAGAAGAAAAUCAACGUCUGACAGACACCUUAAAAGAGGAAGACAAAAUGAAACAGGAGCUUAUGACGGCUUACCAUUCUUCCCUAAAAGAGAUAACGGAAUUAAAUGCUACACUUACAAAGAAGGAGUACCAAAUCGUCGAACUUAACAAGCGCUUAAAUUGCCUUACUCCAAAUCUCUGUGAGUAUGUAAGCAGAAUGAAUGCUUCAACAUCGAAUUGUGCUAAAGUUUCAAACAUCUCAAUCCCUUUGGAUGGCAUUCCUAACGAAGAAUGUGUAAUUAACUCAUAUUCUGUCACAGAUACUUCACAGAUGUACACAAACUUUAACAAAACACAAAUAGAUGAGCACAACCAUAUAGACAGAAUUGUUUCUAAAACUGGGUCGACAAACAGAAUGAAUUCUUAUAAUCAGUCCUACUCCUUGACUCCAUAUGAAACAUCUGCGCCAUUAAAUAAUCUAUCAAAUCAAAAGUCAAGCAUUUAUUUUGUUGAUCCUUGUGCCAAAUCAAAGCCUUUCUUCACAUCCCCCUUUCCUGUUACUGAUAGAAAAUUUCAUGGAAUUUCUGAAAUAAAUAAUUCCACUAAUCUUAAUAAUUUGGACUAUUUCGGUCAUCUUACUUCGUCGGAAGAGGUUAUUCCAUCGUCGUCGUCACUAACCAAUACUGGACUAGGUUAUCAAACAAGUCUAAAUGACCAUUGUCACAUAAAUAAUAGAAUGCAUUUUCGUCCGGAUAAACUACCUAAUUCAAACGCCUUUCAUCUCAGUCAUUUCGAAACCCUUGGUAUGAAAUGUAUGAAUGGAGGAUACACGUCAUAUGAUAAUGCUGUUUUAAAUAGAGUUUUACCAACCAGAUCUAUGCCGUUGUGUAGUACCAGACCAAUGACUGUCGGGAAUUCAGCCCAAGCUUCGUCACCCCCUCCUUUGUUUGUUCCACCUCCCGGCCUCUUACAGGGUGAUAUUGCUUCUAGUGUUUUGCAUUAUUCACACUCUAUUAAUGGAACAUUAUCAUUGCCAUCUUUAGAAGUGGUUGCAAAUUCGUCAGUUUGUGUCACUGAGUCCAUGUCAACAACCCCAACUGCAGUUAGUUCAUAUAGUCCUCGGAUUGUAGCUGACUCAUAUUCCACAGAUCCAGUGCAUACAGUUGGUCACCAGGAAGAACUAUCAUCUCAAUCGUACAGUAGUUUGAAUUUUAAUAGUUCAGUAUGUGAUAGCUUUACUAAUCUCAACCCACAUUCAAUAUUCAUGACAUCUAAUGAACCUAGUUGUUUUCAAUUCGGGAUGAGAAGUUCCACUGAUGAUAAGCCCAACUCUUUUGAUUUCACUACAUUUGGUCCCGUUGGGUCAUCAUCACCAGCCGGUACUUUCAUCCACUCAAAUUUAAAUAGUUCUAACUGCAAUAGUUCUAUCUUGUCAAAUUUAACUUCAACAGGUUUACAGAGUAGACAAGUGUGUUUAGAUUCACAAAAUACUGAUACCUUAAGGUUUCCUAUGAUGUCUCCAUCAGUUUCGCAUUCAGAUGCCAUCUCAAAUUCAUCUACGAUAUAGUAGCGAUCAGACAUUAUAAGAACUGAGUUGUUUUUGUCUUAUCGUAUGUUUACAUCAAAAAUCUUAUUUUGCUGUAUUUCCGUUAUUAAUUUUUAUCCGGAGAGCAGUGUGGAAAGAAAACUAAGUUUUAUUAACUGUUUAAGAGCUUUUCGAAACUCGUGAUUCGUCUUACGGGGACCCAACUUUGCAUUUUGAUAACCUUCAGAGAGUUUGACCUUUUUUCUGGAGUUUAUGUACCCAAAUUUUAUUGUUACUUUACUAUUACAACUCUUGAUAUAUUUUUUGCGUUAUUAUAUCCUAAUCGGUUAACAUAACAGCAGAAUGGUUUGGCUCAGCUGCCUAUUUGUCUCUGUUCUAAGAUUUGUCUUCUAAACCCUUCUAAUCACUUUCUUUAAUAUCUUCAUAUGACUUAUGCUAUUUCUUUUGUUUUCCGAACUAAGUAUUAUGGUCUAGUCGUUGCGUUUUCUUGUUAUUCUUUUUUAUGGUUUUGUUCCUACCUUCCCCUUUUUAAAUGUGUUGCUUAACGCUUUGUAGUCGAUACUAAAAUUGUGGUCUUUGUUUUGUAUUUACGACUUAUGCACACUUUCCCAACUCAUUUUUUUGUUCAUACGUUUAAAAGUAUCUCAACUGUUGGCUAGUUAUCUUCUUUUCCUGUUUCUUAUCUUUCAUGUCCAGUUUACAUUCUACUGUGCAGCAUGAACUUUGUUUCUUUAACCAUGAUAAAAAUUAUUGAAAAAUAACAAAAUUUAUGUGGGACGAAACAGGCA